AUGGAAAAUAACAGACAAUUUCUCUUUACAUCUGAGUCCGUUGGAAAGGGUCACCCUGAUAAACUAUGUGACCAGAUUAGUGAUGCUGUUGUUGAUGCUUGUUUGGCUCAAGAUAGGUUUGCUAGAGUGGCAGUUGAUGCCGUUGUUAAGUCUAGCAUGGUAAUGCUAGUUGGUGAGCUGACUACUAGUGCUACUUUAGACUACGAAGAGAUAGUCCGAGGUGUAUUAAGAGAGGCUGGAUAUACCUAUGAGUGGGGCUUGGAUCCUGAUCAUUGCACUAUUUUGACACAUAUCAACCGACAAAGUGAAGAUAUCUCUAACGGCCUAGAACAGGUCAAUGAAGAUCGUUGGGAUUUAGGUGCUGGAGAUCAAGGGAUUAUGUUUGGUUACGCUACAGAUGAAACUGAAGAAAGAAUGCCCCAGACAACUGUUCUGGCCCAUAAACUAGCUCAGGGCUUAUCUGUCUUAAGAGAAACAACUCCCUGGUUGGGUCCCGAUUCUAAGACACAAGUAACCAUGGAGUAUGAAGAGAAGAAGGUAAAUGGGAUUUGGCAGUUGACCCCUUUAAGAGUAGAUACGAUUGUUAUCUCAACUCAACAUCAGGAAACUAUGCCUACUGAUAAGAUUCGUGAGUUUUUGAUUGAGAAUCUUAUUAAAAAGAUUGUUCCAAAAGAUCUGCUUAUCAAUACUCGUUAUGUUUUGCAGCCUAGUGGUAAGUUUGUUAUUGGUGGGCCUAAAGCUGAUUCAGGAUUGACUGGUCGUAAGCUAGUUGUUGAUUCUUAUGGUGGCUGGGGAGCUCAUGGUGGUGGUGCUUAUUCUGGUAAAGAUUGGAGUAAGGUAGAUCGUAGUGGUGCUUAUGCGGCCAGAUGGAUUGCUAAGUCUUUGGUUGAUGCUGGGAUUUGCAAACGGGCUUUAGUGCAGGUUUCUUAUGCUAUUGGUCUUCGUGAUCCGAUUUCGCUUUAUGUGGAUGCUUAUGGGUCUUCUACCUAUACUCAGGCGGAAAUUCUGGAGAUUGUCCAGAAUAAUUGGAAUCUUAGAUUGGGUGAAAUCGUUAAAGAACUCGGAUUAGAUAGGCCUAUCUACAAGGGCACAGCCGUGUUUGGACACUUUGGUCGGCCCAACCUUCCUUGGGAAGUCUCUAAGCCGAUCAGCUUUCCUAAUAAGGAGAACGGGGGUCCUAAAUAA